GGCUUUCCUACUUUUCUAAGUAUAUCACAGUAGGAUAUCUUCCUAUUCUCCUCGACUGUUCUUUUGCCUUUAAACUGAAGAGUUCGAAGUAUUUUCUGAAAGAAUGGAGAUAGAGGUGGCAAUUGGUGGUGGACCUGGUGGUGGUGCAGAUCCCGAGAGGGGGGUGGUGUCGAACGGUGGAGGUGAUGGGGUUGCAUACUUGGUAUGGGAAGAUCUAACGGUGAUGCUCCCAAACUUUGGGAAUGGACCCACCAGGAGGUUGCUCAAUGGACUUAGUGGCUUUGCUCAGCCUGGUAGGAUCAUGGCUAUUAUGGGUCCUUCAGGCUCAGGGAAGUCCACUCUUCUUGAUUCAUUAGCUGGCAGACUUUCGGGAAAUGUUAUAAUGUCCGGGAAUGUUCUCAUCAAUGGGAGGAAGAGGAGGCUAGACUAUGGUGGUGUUGCUUAUGUGACCCAAGAGGAUGUACUGUUGGGAACUCUCACUGUCAAAGAAACAAUCACUUACUCAGCUCAACUGAGACUACCAGCCACAAUGACCAAAGAUGAGGUAAUUGGAAUUGUAGAGGGAACUAUCAUAGAAAUGGGUCUCCAAGAUUGUUCCGACCGGCUGAUCGGAAACUGGCAUUUAAGAGGCAUAAGUGGUGGAGAGAAGAAGAGGCUAAGCAUUGCAUUAGAAGUUCUCACACGACCCCGCCUGUUGUUUCUUGAUGAGCCUACUAGUGGCCUUGACAGUGCCUCGGCUUUUUUUGUGGUUCAAUCUCUCAGAAAUGUUGCAUAUGAUGGCAGAACAAUUAUCUCAUCGAUUCACCAGCCAAGUAGUGAAGUUUUUGCACUCUUUGAUGACCUUGUCCUCCUGUCCGGUGGCCAAAAUGUUUAUUUCGGAGAAGCAAAGAUGGCUGUUGAGUUCUUCGCUGAAGCUGGAUUCCCAUGUCCAAGCAGAAGAAAUCCUUCUGAUCACUUUCUUCGUUGUAUUAAUUCAGACUUUGAUGAUGUCAAUGCCACUUUGAUGGGAUCUCAAAAAAUACUUGACAUCCAAAAGCCUACCAGUCCUUUGGAAAAUUUGGUAACAGCAGAGAUCAAGGCAAUGCUUGUUGAUAAAUACAAAAUUUCAGAAUAUGCAACAAGUGCUAGGGCUCGGAUUCGUGAAAUCUCAUCGGCUGAAGGACUUGGGUUGGAACCAAAAUGUGGGAGCCAAGCAGGAUGGUGUAAGCAACUCUUAACGUUGACAAGGAGAUCGUUUGUGAACAUGUCCAGAGACAUCGGAUACUACUGGCUGAGAAUAAUAGUCUACAUAGCUGUAUCUAUUUGUGUUGGUAGUGUCUUUCUUGAUGUUGGAACCAACUAUACUUCAAUAUAUGCAAGGGGAGCUUGUGGGGGGUUUGUAUCAGGUUUUAUGACAUUCAUGUCCAUUGGAGGCUUUCCCUCUUUCAUUGAAGAAAUGAAGAUAUUCUAUAGAGAGAGGCUGAAUGGGCAUUAUGGGGUUGGAGUGUUUAUUCUUUCGAAUUUCCUCUCUUCGUUCCCAUUCUUGGCCUUGAUGUCACUUAGCAGUGCAACCAUCACUUACAACAUGGUGAAAUUUCGCCCCGGGUUUUCUCAUUUUUUAUAUUCAUUCCUUGAUCUUUUGAGUUGUAUAGCUGCUAUAGAGAGCUGCAUGAUGGUUGUGGCUUCACUUGUCCCCAACUUCUUGAUGGGGCUCAUCACUGGGGCUGGGAUUAUUGGAAUUAUGAUGAUGACAUCCGGGUUCUUCCGUCUCCUGCCAGAUCUUCCUAAGCCAGUUUGGCAGUACCCUCUUUCAUAUAUCAACUACAUGGCAUGGGGCUUGCAGGGAGCAUACAAGAAUGACAUGAUUGGGCUCGAGUUUGAUCCACUCCAGCCAGGCGAUCCAAAACUGAAGGGCGAGGUGAUCAUCAGGACAAUGCUUGGCAUGUCCGUCCAUCAUUCCAAAUGGUGGGAUUUAGCUGCUGUCGUCGCCAUUCUCAUUUCUUACAGAGUUCUCUUCUUCACCAUUCUCAAGUUCAAAGAAAGAGCUUCUCCAAUGUUUCGAACACUGUAUGCGAAGAGAACUCUGCAGCAUCUCAAGAAGAGGCCUUCCUUCAGGAAGCCUCCGAGUUUUCCUUCAAAGAGGCACCAAAUUAUCCAUUCCUUGUCAUCUCAAGUGGGUCUUAACUCUCCCAUUCAUUAGAGUUUGCAAGAUAGUUUUGUGUAUUGAGGUAAGUCUUUUGACUGCAGAAAGUGAAAUAAUUUUCAUUAAAUUUGUAAUUGACGUCAAUCAUUGGAGCAAUAUGAAACUAAUAACCAUAGUUAAAGGGAAACUGCGAGAAAUAUAAUAGUUGAUGGGAUAAUGUAAGAUGGGUGUCAUAGUUGAGGGGUCAAAUGUAAUUUACCCUUGCAGUAUUUCCGGCAAUCUAAUUUGGGGAACUUCAGUAUAUGGAAAGAAGUGAAUUGCAGAACUUUAUGCAAGCAGGGAUGUAGUGACACCCUAUAAGGAAGUUGUUGAUUGCAUUGAUAAAAGCUUAAUCUGAUAACACAGUACAAGAGAGGACUACAAUACUGAAG